GAAACCACGGUGAAAGUAAACUGAGCUCAUAUAAAUAUAUCUGCACAUUAUUUGUGUGCUUGAGAGGUCAUUGAACAUCUAAGAACAAUGGAUGUCACAGCAGAGGCCAAGCAGAUAAUGGUCCAGGCUUUGGGUAAAAUGUACAGCUCGCGCAGCCAGCGUGGCGGACUUCGGCUCCACCGGAGCCUGUUGCUGACGCUCGUCAUGAAAUCUGCGAGGGACAUUUACCACUCUGCCCGACUGAUGAGCGAGAAAAGCGGACAAUCUGUCACAGAGGAGAGCACAACACACACUGACGAGCCCAUGGACACAUCGAGCUCCAAGGCGACACCUCUGCGCGAGACAUCGGUGCAGUCCAGCGAGGAUGGGCAAAGGUCCGGACUCGAGGGUCAUUCGCAUCCACACAACCCCGCGGUGGACAAAGAAAACUGCAGCCCAUCCAGACCGGACCGUCACUCUAGAAAGCGACGGAGCAAAACUGCCACGGAUCCAGAAUUCAUCCCAUGCAAAAAAGCCAAGCUGGAGAGCGCGGAGGUCAGGGGGGUUCUUCAGAACAGUUCCGCUAACUGCGGCAGGGCGCUGGACUCGCUGUCACUCGUGCCAAUGCCAAGGACAAUAGUCACUUUUUGAAGAGACAAACAACAGAAGGGCAGCGAGGUGAACUUUGCGCACCACUGGAAGCGGAUUGUGGCGCAGAACUGCCACCGGGCAGUGUUGAGGGCACUUGAGAAGGCAGUGGGUAGUUUUACUCACAGUGGAACAGUGUGACAGCUGGUUACUCAUCGGAGAGUAUUGGGUUGUUGUGGACAUUCUGACUAAUGGUGCUUCUUCAACCCGUCAUGUUUCUCUGAGUCAGGACAUGACGCGGUGUACUUCGACGAGAAGUGUGACUGGGAAAACCACCACGGACAUUUAUUUACAUCAACUUUCUUAUUUAUUUGUUGGUCUGGAAUGUUUCUGGAUGUUCUGUUCAUGUACUUUUCUAAAGGUGCUGUUUGGAUUGUCAGCCCAGUCAUUACACUGACUGACUCACUUGCUGGAAAAUCCACAUAAAACUGUUGUGGAAGAUUUUAGCUGGUUUGUUAAUGGCCAGGCUAGUCAGACUGUGGAUGUUCAUGUAGGUCAACAUGAAAUAAGCUAUACAACAAACAUCUUGAUGUUAUGAUUAAGUCUACCUACCUCAUUUUGUACAAUAAAAGAUGUUUAAACAUAU